AUCGCCUAUAGCUUUGUUCGACUCUCUGUUCAGAAGUUAGUCAGAUUCCGACACUUCAUCGGAUCGCGAGCAUUACAAAACCGCAAUUUUGCACUGAGUUACUGCUUUUGUUCUAUAAACCAUGGCUGCGCCCAAGUCGAAAUUCGUCUUUGAUUUCGAGAAGCUGAAACAGACGUUCGUCGAGAUUUGUCCAGACUUCAAGGAGGAGCCAAGCUAUGAGGAGGCCACCGUUAGUCGUCGCUUUGCCCAGCAGGUGAUCUUCGCCUUCAGCAAGGAGGCUGCUGCGGCCAAAUCCCAGAAGAAGGACGUCUCCUGUUCGAUGCGCCUGGAUGCGGUCAAUGCAAAGGGGACCGCGAUUCGUAGUGAGGUAAAGAUCCAGACGCACUGGAUACGUGAUCCGCCGCAGAACCAGCCCUUCGUCAUGAAGGGUCUUCUGCUACUGUCCUUCAAACAGGCCAGUCUGCUUGCGGUGGAGAAGUACUGCCAGCUGGUUCCCCACCAGGUGAAGCGGGGAGAGGUGGUGCUCACUCCUCUGGCCGGAGCCGUGUUCUCCAAGUUCGAAAUGCCCAAGCUGGCCGAGGCCCUUGGUGAACCACUCGAAGAAGUGGUGGUAGCCGUCAUCAGCAGCUGCCAAACGGAUGGAUACUAUCUGGAGCACAGUCGCUGCCACAUCGCCUUGGUUGCCCUGAUCAAGACGGUUUCGGAUCUGAAGAUGCGGGCCUCUAUCGUCAAGAAGACCAUCAAAAUGUACAAGCUGCAUGGCAAGGAAUUCGACAUGGAAAAGUUCAAGGUGUGGAGCACGUUCCUCAGGAAGUCUGCUCCAGCAAAGCCUCAAAAUGACAGCGAUGAUGAUGAAUACGAAAAGCUGACGGAGCAAGUCCUUCACGCAUUUACACUUAGCAGCAAGGAGGAUUUCCUCCAGGAGAAACGCAGGCCUAAAAUACCAGUGAAGUGUGCAGCCAAUUUUUUGGGGACAAAGGCUGGAUCCGGUAAGAUUUGAUGCAUUCGAGGAAGUCUCAUUUACAAUGAACCCGGAUUAAAAACCUUACUUGGGACUGGCAAAGCCAUAUGCACAUUGAGCCAAUCAACUGUAUUGGGAACACUUGUUAUGUUGCAUUCAAAUAUUCAUUUUACAAUGUCUUUCUAUUAUGUAAACAUUUAACAAUCUUCUCAAUAAAAUACAGCUUUCUUUGGUUCAGCGUAA